AUGGAUAUUGAGGUUCUUGAAACUCGGGAAGAGGCCCAGAUAGAACCGGGAAAGCAGGUGAGUGUUGAAAACGAAGACGUAGAACUAGAGAGUGUGGGCUCGUUGCUGGACGACGACACCGAAAAGCCAAACGCGGCAGACGUGGAGACGCGAGGGCAAGAGCUCGUUGACGAGAAAACUGAAUACACCGAGGACGGAGAAAGCGAGCUAGAAUAUGAAAGUGACCAUGUAGAGCUAGAAACAGAAGAGCCAGAGAAAUGGCAGCAGGAGCCCGAGAUGCAGCCAAUUGGGGAGCCAGAGUUGGGGGAUAAAGACGACGACAACGACGAAGAGGAAGGAGAUGAAGAGGGGAGUGAGGAAGGAGAUGAAGAAGUUGGCCUAACAGACGAAGAGCUGGCUGAAGAAGAGGACCAAGAAGAGGCACAGGAGGUUGGUACGAUCGAGGACAAUCAGGACGCACCAGAGCAAGAGCCCAAAGAAGUGGUAACGGAGCCGCAUGCAUUGUCAUACGAGGUGCCUAUUUACAUUGAUUUGGGGACAGAAGUUUACAAACUGGUUCAGCCUAAUGUUCCGGAGGAAGCCGACUUCAAAGACCUCAAUGUCCUUUUCGACGAAGAUGUGUUUGAGCUAACUCUCGAAUUGUUCUUUUCUCGUCUCAGAGCCAAGCAUCGGUUCAAAAACGAACGCGAAUUAAUCCUCAAGUGCAGCAGUCUUGGCGAUCUGGCCAUUGAGGAAGAUAACAUACACUGUUCCAAGGUCACCCUUGGCGAUAUCGUAGACUUAUUCAAAGGUCUGCGAUCGCAGUCGGAAAACCCAGAUCUUUACAAAUUCAUCCAAAUGGAAGUGGUGAGCCGACCUCGGUUCAUCAAGCAAUACGAGCGUUUAGUGGAUCAGCUGGAAUCUGGCAAAGGGCUGGAGUCUGUGAAAUGGGAAAGCAAUACCGAUAGUCUGCCUCGCAAGAAAGUAAAAACAGAUGUUACAUAG